AUGAGACGCGCAUUCGUCAGUCGCGAGACCAACGAGACAAAAAUUUUCGUCGCCCUGUCGCUGGACAAGGCGCCGCUGCCGCCCGAGUCCGAUUUCAUCGAUGGACUCAUUACAUCGACGCACGCCAACCAAAAGGGUGAACAGACGGUUCAGGUGGACACAGGUGUCGGUUUCUUGGACCACAUGUACCAUGCGUUGGCAAAGCACAGUGGUUGGAAUUUGCGGUUGUAUUCACGGGGUGAUCUUGUGAUUGACGACCACCACACUGCUGAAGACACGGCAAUUGCACUGGGAAUGGCGCUGAAACAGGCGUUGGGCAAGUUUGUGGGUGUUCGUCGAUUCGGACACGCCUUCUGCCCGUUGGACGAGGCGUUGUCUCGCAGCGUAGUCGACUUGUCUGGUCGUCCUUACGCCGUAAUCGAUUUGGGUUUGCAACGCGAGAAGGUUGGCGACCUGUCAUGCGAGAUGAUUCCUCAUGUGCUGACGUCGUUUGCGUUUGCCGCUGGAAUUACGUUGCAUGUCUCAUGCCUUUACGGCAGCAAUGACCACCAUCGCUCUGAGAGUGCGUUCAAGAGUUUGGCCGUUGCACUCAGAACUGCCACAGAGCUUACUGGCAGCAAGGAGGCCCCUAGUACGAAGGGCGUGUUGUAG